CUAGUUGGUACAUAUAUGUACAAAUCUGUGUUUUAAAAUGGCAGAGGGAGGAGGCAAUGAAGAGGUGAUUCACUUGAACAGCUUUCAUGGUCACAGGGGGAAAGACAGAAUAAAUCACAGAGAUGAAGGACUCAUCACCAUAUCAGACUCCUCAGAUGAAGAACUUGCACUUUUGCCAAUUUCAUCAUCUCGACAGCAUGGAGAAGAUGAUGAUGACUAUGACUACGAUGAUGAUGACGACAAUGAUGAUGAUGACGAUGAUGAUGUUGUCAUCCUGGCAGAAACAAAAAAACAACAACUGUUGCGGCCUAUUGUCAAACCUGCUGCCCAGUGGCAGGAUCUGAAAAUGAAUAGAUUAGGAGAAGUGUCUAAAAAGAAUAUUAAUUUAUUUCUUCAAGAAAAGGAGAGUCUUUUUUCAACUGCAAAUAAUGAACCGAAGCCCAGUGAAAACAACAAUAGAAAUCAGGAUCCUCAGUUACCUGGCCCCUCUGAACACAGUAAGCAUAGAGCCAAAAAAGACCGAAAUCCCAAGCCUGGACCAAGUAAUAUCCAAGCUAUAAAAGUCAUUUUGAAACCUAAUGUGAAAAAGGAAGUAAUAAAUUUAGAAGCAAACUUUCAAAACAAACAUCCAAAAGUGCAAAGCCAGUCAACUGAAGACUCUGAACCAGAGCUUAUACCAAACCUCCGAGAAUCAGCUGCUGUGGUAGAUAACCAAGUUAUAAGAGAAAAUAGCUGGUUAGAUCAUCCCUAUUUUCAACCCAUAGACCAAGAGCGAAAUGAAUUAGCAAAUCAAGUUGUUCCACAGCAGGGGCAGCCUGAAGCAGAUCUCUCAUAUCGAGAUGAGAUUCCAGGACCAGCAUUUCCAAGACCAGAACCACAGCAAGAUGGGAUCCCAGGUCCUUCCUCUCCUCAGCCUGCCCAUCCUCCUGGAGAACUGAAAGACCAUCAACUAGCAAUAGAUGAUGAACAGCCUGGUCCAGCUUUUCCUUUCCCAGGAUCUCAUCAGCCUGAUUUGGGAAAUAUUCCUGAACAAGGAGGCACUGGUGCAGAUCGAGAAUUUAUUACACUACUAGUGAAAGAAACAGAAGCAAGAUUUCCAGAUGUAGCAAAUGGGUAUAUUGAAGAAAUAAUACAUCUGAAGAAUUUUUAUGAUUUAAAUGUACUUUGUAAUUUUCUUCUGGAAAAUCCAGAUUAUCCAAAGAAGGAAGGUAGAGUGGUUUUAAAUCCUAAUAGCAGCCUGCUUGCCAGCCAAGAUGAGAAAAAGGUGUCUAAGGUGGACUAUUUUGACUUUUCUAAACUUACUCCUCUUGACCAACGUUGCUUUAUUCAAGCUACUGAUCUACUCAUGGAAGAUUUCAAAAUGCUCAGCACUCAGGACAUCAAGUGGGCACUGCAUGAGCUCAAGGGACACUAUGCAAUCACCCGAAAGGCCUUUUCUGAUGCCAUUAAAAAAUGGCAGGAGCUAUCACCAGAAGCCAGUGGAAAGAGAAAAAAGAGGAAAGAAAUGAAUCAGUAUUCUUACAUAGAUUUCAAAUUUGAACAAGGUGAUGUAAAAAUAGAAAAGCGGAUGUUCUUUCUGGAAAAUAAACGUAGACACUGGAGGUCCUAUGAGAGGCAUUCACUUCUUCCACCUGUAAGAAAAGAGCAAGAAUUCUAUGAAAGGAAAGUCAAGGAGAUGGCUGAGCAUGCUGACUUUUUGCUUGCCCUACAAAUGAAUGAAGAACAGUAUCAAAAGGAUGGUCAGAUGAUAGAGUGCCGCUGCUGCUAUGGAGAAUUUGCAUUUGAGGAGCUGACUCAGUGUGUCGAUGGUCACUUAUUCUGCAAGGAGUGCCUAAUCAAAUAUGCCCAAGAGGCAGUCUUUGGCUCAGGAAAGUCAGAGCUCAGCUGUAUGGAAGCCAGCUGCACAUGUUCAUUCCCAACCAGUGAACUGGAGAAGGUGUUGCCAGAAACCAUCCUACGGAAGUAUUAUGAGCGAAAAGCUGAAGAAGAAGUAGCUGCAGCCUGUGCAGAUGAACUGGUCAGGUGUCCCUUCUGUAACUUCCCAGCUCUUUUGGACAAUGAAGUGAAGUGGUUCAGUUGUCCCAAUCCUCGUUGCAGAAAGGAAACCUGCAGGAAAUGUCAGGGACUAUGGAAAGAACAUAACGGCAUUACCUGUGAACAGUUGGCUGAAAAAGAUGACAUCAAAUAUAGAACAUCUAUUGAAGAGAAAAUGACUGCUGCCCGCAUUAGAAAAUGUCAUAAGUGCGGGACCAGCCUCAUAAAAUCUGAAGGUUGUAACCGUAUGUCUUGCCGCUGUGGUUCCCAAAUGUGCUACCUCUGUCGAGCUUCCAUCAAUGGGUACGACCACUUCUGUCAGCAUCCCCGAUCACCAGGAGCCCCUUGCCAGGAAUGUACAAAAUGUUCUCUUUGGACUGACCCCACAGAAGAUGAUGAGAAACUCAUCCAAGAAAUUCAGAAGGAGGCGGAAGAAGAACAAAAGAAGAAAAAUGGAGAGAACAAUUUCAAACGGAUUGGGCCCCCCAUGGAGGCAGCUCCUGAAAAACUACAGAGGAUUGAAGUCAUCCCAAGACCUGUUCCUCAAAAUCUUCACCAAGCCAGGAUCCCUCCUUAUCCCUUUGUGCACCCACCCUUCCCUCUGCCUCCUGUCCGUCCCAUGUUCAAUAAUAUUCCCCUGAACUUGGGCCCCAUCCCUGCUCCCUAUGUCCCUCCUCUGCCAAAUAUGCGAGUGAACUAUGAAUUUCCCCCAAUCAAUGUCCCACUGGAGCACAACUUACCUAUGCACUUUGGUCCUCAGCCACGUCAUCGGUUUUGACAGAUGGGGCUAGAUACCUGAAAUGGAAACACUGCCGAGGAGGGCCAUCCUGUGUAACAACUCUCCCUUCUCCCAACUCCUAUCAUUAUUCCAGAGAACUGAAAGGAGCAGCCUGAAAAUCUCCCCUAGUUAAAUUUCAUGGAGUGGGGAGAGGGGGGUGUUAAAGAUACACAGCCUAGUUCAGAUGUUUACCCCCUUUCUCCCCCUGAAACCAGUAUCUGCUGCUGAGCCCAUAGAGGUGGAAGUUUACAGAUUGGGCUGCCAAACAUGACUAAUUUGGGGCCGAUUUUCCUUUUCUUUGAUAGUGAUAGUAGAGAGACCUAUCCAGGCCCCAA